GUCACACACAACAUAUCUGUAUAUCUUUGCUCUCUCUCCACCCCAAGUUUUUCUGUCUCAAAUUGAGAAUCGAGAAGCUGAUCGUAAUGGGUGUGCUAGACUAUUUAUCAGACUAUUUCACAAUAAGCUCCAAACCGAAAAAGAAACGCAAGGCAAUGCAGACAGUUGAAAUCAAGGUGAAAAUGGAUUGUGAUGGGUGUGAAAGGAGAGUUAAAAGUGCUGUUUCUAACAUGAAAGGUGCUAAACAAGUGGAGGUGAACAGAAAGCAAAGCCGGGUGACGGUGACAGGUUAUGUGGAACCAAACAAGGUGUUGAAGAAGGUGAAGAGCACCGGAAAGAAAGCCGAGAUUUGGCCCUACGUUCCAUAUAACCUCGUUGCAUACCCUUAUGUUGCCGGAGCUUAUGACAAGAAGGCACCGUCCGGCUACGUCAGAAACGUCCCUCAGGCAGUUGCUUUCGCACCGGACGACCAGUACACCUCUCUAUUUAGCGAUGACAACCCUCAUGCUUGUGCCAUCAUGUAAUCAAAGAUUCAAAACUAAGGACUCAGUUAUGUAAUAUUGUACGCGGACUAGUACUACAAGCCACUUUGUACAUUGAGUCUGUAAUUAAGAUGAUCGAUCUCCACUAAUUUUUCUUA